UCAGGGGAGGUGGCAGCUCCAGAGAUGGCAGUGUGCGAGAGGAGGGGGCUCGGCCGCGGGAGCCCCGCCGAGUGGGGGCAGCUGCUCCUUCUGUUGCUGCUGUCCGGCAGCUGCUCGGGGCGCAUCCACCGGCUGGCGCUGACGGGGGAGAAACGAUCCGACAUCCAGCUGAACAACUUCGGCUUCUACACCAAUGGCUCCCUGGAAGUGGAGUUGAGCGUCCUGCGGCUGGGCCUCCAGGAGACAGAAGCGAAGUUCCCGCUGGUGGGGUUCAGCCUGAGCCGAGUUCAGUCGGGCAGUGUUGGGUCCUACCCAACAAGGGAUCCCCAUGAAUGCCCUCUGCAGAGAAACAGCAGCAACUUCUUGGUUCUGUUCCUCAUCGAUACCAAGGACCUGCAGGUCCAGGUGCGGAAAUAUGGGGAGCAGAAGCAGCUGUUUAUCUCACCUGGACUCCUUCCUGAUGUGCCCUCCAAAUCAGGGCUCCCGAAGCCAGAGCCCACAGAUCCCAGUAAGGUGGACAGCGGGACCUCCACAGUCAGCAAGGCCAAGACAGAGCCUGUGUCUCAGGUUCCGGCCGGAAAGACCAGUAGUGAUGGAGGCUCUGUUUCCCCUCAGGCCCCCAGUGGGAAAGACAAGGAGCUGGUGCUGGGCCUGGGUCACCUCAAUGACUCGUACAACUUCAGCUUUCACAUGGUGGUCGGCUCCAGAGCUGAGGAAGGACAGUAUAUCCUCAACUUCCAUAAUUGUUACAACUCCAUCCCUGGCCGGGAGAGACCUUUUGACCUCACGGUGAUGAUCCGGGAGAAGAACCCAGAAGGCUUCCUGUCGGCGGCAGAAAUCCCCCUCUUCAAGCUCUACCUCGUCAUGUCUGCCUGCUUCCUGGCUGCAGGCAUCUUUUGGGUGUCUGUGCUCUGCAGGAACACGUACAACGUUUUCAAGAUCCAUUGGCUUAUGGCAGCCCUGGCAUUCACCAAGAGCAUUUCCCUCCUCUUCCACAGUAUCAACUACUACUUCAUCAACAGCCAGGGCCACCCCAUCGAAGGCCUCGCUGUCAUGCACUAUAUCACGCACCUGCUGAAGGGCGCCCUCCUCUUCAUCACGAUCGCGCUGAUCGGCUCGGGCUGGGCGUUCGUCAAGUACGUGCUGUCAGACAAGGAGAAGAAGAUUUUUGGGAUUGUGAUCCCGCUGCAGGUCCUGGCCAACGUGGCCUACAUCGUCAUUGAGUCCCGGGAAGAGGGCGCCAGCGACUAUGGCUUCUGGAAGAAGAUCCUGUUCCUGGUGGACCUCAUCUGCUGUGGCGCCAUCCUCUUCCCUGUCGUCUGGUCCAUCCGGCAUCUCCAGGACGCGUCUGGCACAGAUGGGAAGGUGGCAGUGAACCUGGCCAAGCUGAAGCUGUUCCGCCACUACUAUGUCAUGGUCAUCUGUUACGUCUACUUCACUCGCAUCAUCGCCAUCCUGCUGCGGGUGGCCGUGCCCUUCCAGUGGCAGUGGCUCUACCAGCUCCUGGUGGAGGGCUCCACUCUCACCUUCUUUGUGCUCACCGGCUACAAGUUCCAGCCCGCAGGAGACAACCCCUAUUUGCAGCUGCCGCAGGAGGACGAAGAGGACGUGCAGAUGGAGCAAGUAAUGACGGACUCUGGGUUCCGGGAAGGCCUGUCCAAAGUCAACAAAACAGCCAGCGGCCGGGAGCUGCUGUGAUUUUUCCGGAGCAGCUUGGCCAUCAUUGGCCUUUCUCCAUUCUUCACCACACAUUCCUGGGGCUCCCCAAAGACAUAGCGGUGGGGGGGGGGAGCAUGGGGACUCACUGGCUCCCAGGCCACAGCAGGAGUCUAUUCAGAAGACAGAAAGCCUCCAUCCCUCCCCGCCCCCACGCUGGGCAGCUGUCCUCUCCAGGAUCCUCUACCCCCAGCUGUACAAUACGACCGGUCUUGUUCUUGUCACCCGGUAUCUUUUCUUUCUGGGACUGAGUUCUGGUGGGAAGCGGUCCUGACGGGGACGCAGUGCCCAUGGCUUCCUGCAGUAAGGACCCUUCCCUGUAUGCUGGGCACUGUGCCAGCUACCAGAGGCAGCAGUGACCAGGAGCCCUGUGGUCUCGGCCCUCGUGGGACUCCUGGCCCCUCGGAGGGAAAUCAGGCCGAGGACCGUGCUCCCUCACCGCCCAUCCGAUCCGUGGUGGGAACCAGGGAGUUCAGCAAGGGGGGAGAAGAGACCUGGUGAAGAGCACUGACUGGAUACACAAAACAUGGAGGUGCAGGAGAAAGUGGGGACUCGAAGACUCGUGAGUGGCUCCCACUGAGGACCAACUUCUGGGGGGAGGGGGAUACAGGCACAGAGAGGCUAAGUAACCUCCUUGGAGACACGCAGCAGGAGAUACAGGGCUCAAGGCCAGACGCUGAGCACUGGGGGUGUUGCCCCUCUGCAGGGCUACCCUUAGCCAUGCAUACUGCACUCCCCGGGACCCAGCAGUGCUGUGUGCCUCUGGACCGCUGGCAUAACCGCUCUGUCUCCUGCAUGUGGAACUGCUCCUCCAGCAUUGGGCAGAGUCCUGUAUGAGCAGGGAAUCAGUGGCGCUGUGUGGGCCCCGGCACCGUAGCCUCAGGCCGCACUGAGGGGCUCGUUCCCAGCACCCCCCUUCUCUGCCCACCUACUGGAAGACCACUUCUAAGUUCUAAAAAUACACUUCUUUAAAGGGACCCAUAGGCAUAAGGGAGAAGCAGGGACCAGGGCUGGAAUGAAAACUUCUAGAACAGGGAAACAAGACCAGCUGGGGCCCAGAUGAAUAAAUAGCCCAGCCAGCCAAAGAAGGAAGUGGAGAGGCAUUGCAGGCUGAGGAAGUUAUGUAAGGUGGACGAGCCCCGGACUGAGCGCCAGCAGCACCGGCUGGGGAUAGCAGGAGAGCUGGCAGGAGGCUGAAGACAGGCCCGGGCUCCAAGCUGGGGCCAGUCAGAGUCAUGGAAGGAUUUAGAGUGAGGAGGGGCCUGCCUAAGCCAAGAAGACAGACAUGCCCACACCUUCCUCCCGGGGCCAGCCCCAAGGUAGCGGGAGCACUGUGAGAUCAAGUGGAAGAUCUGAUGACAGGACCAUUAUCCAGAUGGAGCUGGUGUCAUCCCAGGAGUCCUUCAGUUCAAGUGGGAGGCAAGGAGGAGGGGGUUAGGGUGGGGACGCCAUUCACAGAAGGGGCCACAAGCCAAGGAAGGCAAGCUAGCUUCUAGAAAAAGGUAAUGAGCCAGGCAUAGUGGCACACACCUGUAAUCCCAGCACUUAAGAGGCACAAGACAAGAGGACUCCGAGUUCAACACCAGCCUGGGCUAACACAUGGAGACCCUGACAUAAAACUAAACAAAAAGUAACAUUCUCCAGUGACUCUCAUAGGCUGAUCAAACUACCACCUUUCCCUUACCAAACCCCAGAGCAGCCCAGGAAAACCCAGGAUUGGUGGCAUAGCAGAUCUGCAAGCACCAGCAUCUUUAAAUCAUGCAGAACCCCUGGGACGGAAGGUCAAGAGUCCUGAGGCUAGAGCACCCCUGCCACUAACCGCAGGUGCACGCACUGGAAAUCAGCACUCGCUACCAUGCUGGGGUGACUGCAUGUAUACGCAGGAAGGGGUCACCAUCCAUCAUUGGUGGCUGCCUAGGAGACAUGGAGGACCCCAACCAUCAUUGGUGGUUGCCUAGGAGACACAGGACCACAUCCAUCCAUCACUGGUGGUUGCCUAGGAGACACGGAGGAUGCCACAGGCCCUGUGGAGAGAGGAACCAGAGCCUUGGGUGAGGAGCCCAGCGCUUGAGCACCAGCAAGGGCGCUUACCAACAGAACUUGAGGUUUACUUUUCCAGAUGGGGACCCACGUUCAAGGGCUGAGCACUCCGCCACUGAGCCAACUCUCCAGUUCCGACAGCCCUAAUGGCUUACCUACUUCAGACUUCAAAACUAAAUGCUGCUCCCAACAAGGGAGAAAAUAUUGGCUAUUUCUCUCUUUGUCUUUUGGGGUUCAUUUGAGGUAUUUCUGUUUUCUUGUACU